AUGCCCGCCUCGACCCCGCUCCUCCCCUUCGCCCCGGCCUUUGUUGAGUGGCACUGCCCCGACCAAAAUGCCACCCUCUAUCUCGGCCACCGCCAUCCACGCCCACCCUGUCAGCUAGCCCUCGAGAUCCGCUUCGACGAGGCCGAGAGUGCCGCCUUUUUCAAGCUCCGCACCCCCGUCGCCCUCAAAGCAUGCCCCAAAAAGACAAACAUCCUUGCCUUCAUCCUCCCAGACCGCAUCCUCACCCUGCAUGGCGAGGCCGAUCCCGAUCUCGAUACCACCAUCGUCCCGGCCCAUGUCCGGCGAGGCCUGGUGCAGGCGAAAGCAUGCUUCCCAUCCGACCCCAUCUGCAGCCUCCGCUUCGCCCUCUCCAACCCACCCGUCGUCAUCGUCCCAGCCGCAACGUCGCUCACCCCGGCGACCGCAGCUUCAGGCGACAUCCUGGGCUCGCUGCGGUCCUUCGCCCAAGCCACUGAGUUCACCGUGUAUUUCCCCCGCAAGCAGAUAGCCCAGGAGAGCCUGAAAUCCCUCUGCACCCUAGCCCAUGAUGCUGGUCUGAAGCCCAUAGCCCGCCAGCUGGACAUUACGGGCCUGCACAAAGGCCAGGGCGCCGAGAUGGUUGAGGGUGCCGACCUGCACAUCCCCAACCCAGGUGUCGAGAGCCCGCCGUCAUACGACGAGCUCGCCCUUCCUGCCCCUCCUCCCGCGCCCAUUUCUCGAGAAGGCGCGAAGGGCAGGGCGCGCGAUUCUCCCGCGCCCGACCCAAUCGCGUCGUUAUCCUCGGAGAAGGUAGGCGAGCAACAACAGCAGCAGCAGGAACAGGAGGCUCUAGAAGACGAAGCGGUGCCGUUAUAUGACGAGCUUGCUCCUUCUCCUCCCCCUCCACCCGUCUCAGGCAAAGGCACGAAGGGCAGCAGGGCGCGCGAGUUCCCAACCGCGGGCCCGGACGCGAAAAGGCCCAAGCUCACUCCUCCGGCCGCGACCUCGGAGGACGUGGACGUAGGCGUGCAAGGCGCGCAACAGCAGCCGCAGACCGCGCCGCUGGCAGACCAAGUGGCGCGGCUCGUGCACGCGGCGCUCGACGGCCUCCGCGCCGAGAUGCGGCAGGAAAUGCGCGACGGCCUGGCGCGACUGGAAAGGAAGUUCGAGGCACGUGUCGACGAGGUGGCCGAGGAGCUGCGCGCCGAGGCCGACGACGCCAUGAACGACCUGCGCGACGAGACGGACGAGGUGACGGACGUGCGCAUAGACGAGCAGAUGAUGCACGUCAAGGACGAGCUGAGGGAGUACGUGGCCGAGGAGAUGAGGGACGUCGAGGAGAAGCUGAGGGAGAGGAUCUGCGGGGCGAAUCUGAUGCUGAGCUUUGAAUGA